AUGGUCGAACUAAGAAUGAAGACCAAAGAUUAUGAUGGGAGCAUCGGCACAGGAACUCUCGGAGGUUUGCCGUUACCGUUUGCCGUGUACCAAGUAGCGAUAGUGACCUGGCACCGACCCCAGGCAGCAGUAGCAGCAGCGUACAAUGUGGCGGAACACCGACUGGACUACAUUAAGUUGGGUGAAGGUCGUGAAUAUAACUAUCAUUACAACGAUGGUGUCGCUUCCGGAUUCGAUAAGCGUAAGUUCUACAAGCGUCCACAACUGUUCAGCAAGCCACCGUACACGCUGAAGAGCUUCCCGGGGCCCGUCGAGCAGAUUGUGACGAACGAGUUCCAGGCGCACCCGGAGCAGACGUCCUACGUCAAGCAGGAAAGCUUGCUGCCGGUGUACGAGUCCCACGAGAAGAGCGUCCGCUACAUACCGCUGGACUUCGGGUCCUCGAGGAACCAGAUCCUGGGCGAGUUCUCGCUACCGGUCGGGCAUCCGACCAGCCCACCCCUAACGUCCAACCUGGCGCAUCGCGUCAUCCAGAUGAUUCAAUUGCAUCAUCCGUCCAGCGCGAAGAAUGCAACGUCUGGCGGUCUCAGCAGUGUCUCGUCGGUGCACUUCCAAGUGCCUGGACAAGCCCCCUCGCAGGCGUCAUCGUCGUACCACAGCACGCAGCAUCCGGGCAGCUACCAGUACUUCAACGCCCAUCCGGUACCGGCGUAUGAGCUCGUGCGGCCCAUCAGUAGCUUCCCUCCGCCGCGCCCGUACCUUGCGCCAGCCCUGACCACCACGAGGGCACCGUAUCUGGCGCCGAUACUGCACAAGAGCACGACUACAACCCCGGCCACACCGGCAGCGGAGUCGAAGCCGGUUCGAAGGCCGCCGACCUCGGCCCCGACCAGACCGUACGUAGCGCCGGGGGUCACGAGCGAUCCGCUACUGAGCUCCGUGUCCCUCGCCAACCGGCUCAAGUACACCUCGAGUCAACGGCCAACGUCGUCGUCCUCGCGCCCACUGACCCCAACGACCGGUGGCACUCGCAACCAGCAGCCAUACGAGCCGGAGUUCGACAUAGACAUAAGAAUUGACCUUCGCGAUGACUCUGCGUAA